CUGUCAACCUCAAAACUCACAAACAUGGCGUCGCAGAGUGAGGGUGGAGGAAAAGACGAAAUAAAAGAAGAGUUUACAACUCGAGAAGGAACUUAUAAAUUAAUGCAAUGGUCCGAAUACACUAAACCCACUCGUGUGCCAUUCAAUGGACAAUCAAACACUCCCGUCAGGGCCUCAUUCAUUAAUGUUGGUGAUGAUUCUUCGCCUGACAGAAUAUGUUUUAACAUUGGAAGAGAACUUUACUUUUAUGUUUAUAAAGGAGUUAAAAAGGCUGCAGAUCUUACAAAACCAGUUGACAAGAGACUGUACAAAGGCACGUUCCCAACAUGCCAUGACUUCAACAAAAUGUUGGUGAGCAGCGAGUCUGUGCGGCUGUUGGUUGGAUUCACUGCAGGACAGAUACAGCUGAUUGACCCUAUCAAAAAAGAGCUGGGCAAGCUUUUCAAUGAGGAGAGAUUGAUAGACAAAUCCAAGGUUACCUGUAUAAAAUGGAUUCCAGGCCAGCCAAAUCAGUUUCUAGUGUCACAUGCUAGUGGACAGCUGUAUGUGUACAAUGAGGAGCUCCCCUGUGGGCCUACUCCACCCACGUAUCAACCAUUCAAACAGGGAGAUGGCUACUCCAUACACACAUGUAAAACAAAAAGUACACGCAAUCCAUUAUACCGAUGGGUGAUUGGACAAGGUGCAAUAAAUGAAUUUGCGUUCUCUCCAUGUGCUAGGUAUUUGGCAGUUGUAAGUCAGGAUGGAUUCCUGCGAGUCUUUCACUAUGAUUCAAUGGAGCUUGUUGGGUCAAUGAGAAGUUAUUUUGGGGGUCUAUUGUGUGUGUGCUGGUCACCUGAUUCCAAGUUUAUUGUGAUUGGAGGAGAAGAUGAUUUGGUAACUGUUUGGUCUUUCUAUGAGAAAAGGGUUGUGUGUCGAGGACAAGGGCAUAGGUCAUGGGUCAAUGUUGUAGCCUUUGACCCAUACACCUCAAUCAUCAAUAGUGACGACAGUGAAUUGCAUAAUGGUACCAAGUUGGAAGAUGUUAAAUCGACUGUUGCGAAUGGCAACCAGUCUAAUCAUCAGAGAAAUUCAGCUGACCUUUCCCAGAAUUCUCUGCAGAGUUCUGGGUCAUGUAUUACAACUUACAGGUUUGGAUCAGUGGGUCAAGACACAAUGUUGUGCUUGUGGGAUUUAACAGAAGAUGUGAUAAAACAACCAGUAAGUACCAGAACCAGGACCAGUAUACUAAUAUCCAAUCCAAACUCGGUAUCUGCAACAUUACCUCGAUGUAACAAUGUCCAAAAAACAAACUUGCUUGUAGGCAAUGAUGUUUCUAUGGAUGGAAAUGCCCAUCCUGUUGGAAAUUCUGUGAUGGCUAAUUCAACACAUCGCUUUGCAACCCUUUCAUUGGGAGAAAGGAAAGAAAUUACUGAAAAGAAGGAACACAAAAGAAAUUUUAGUUUAUCUAGUAAAUCUAGUGAGAAAAACAAUGUGCUAAAAUCAAAUCAUAUGAAACACAUAGAUGAAUCAAUUAAAGUGUUAGGAACAUCAUCUUGUCCUCGCUUAGAUGAAGUACCAUUACUAGAACCAUUAGUGUGCAAGAGAAUCACUAGUGAACGAUUAACGGAAUUAGCAUUCCGAGAGGAAUGCAUCGUCACUGCCUGCCAGGAAGGAGUUGUGAACACAUGGGCCCGUCCCGGCAAAGUGGCCCUGACACAGCAUACAGCUCUUAGUCCACAGACUUCAACUGGAGAAAUGUACCCUGUACAGUGAAGACCUGAUGAUGACCCCUCUGUGACCCCUGCUCUACUGCAUCAUCACCCAACUCUUGCUGUGCCAUUGGAGGGCAGAAAACCAGUCCAAAGAACCAGUCUUAACCUCCUGGUGGUCAUUACUUCCUCACAUAUCAAGAUCCCAAUCAACUGACCACAUCAUCUUGGAUGCUUCCAGUCAUCACCAUACUCACAACAUUCUUGACCUUGCAUUAUCUCAAUCCAGCUCUAACUGCAGCUAAAGAAAAUAACCGUAUUGCAGAAUUUCCAGUGCUAUAUGUCUGUUUACUUUUAGGUUUUGCAUUUUAAAACAUCUAUAGUGACCAAAACUCUUGCAUGUAUAUUAUGUGAGCAAAAAGAAAUUUUUAGCAGAUUUUGAAUUUUUUUGCUUGAGUCUUUUAAUUUUAUCACAGGAGAUGCAUGAUGUUUUUCUGAAUUAAUAAUCCUGCAACAAAAUGCCUUAUUUAUAUCAGUGAGAGUCAAGCCUUUUGUGUCAGAAUUAAACUACGAAUGAGAUGCAUUUUGUUAAAAGGGGGUACAAAUGAGUUCAAAUUAUUCCAUAUUUACUUGGCAUUUAAAUUUUCUCUGUAAAUUAUUUCUUACGGAGUACAUUUACAGAGACAGAAUAUCACUACAUGUAUGUUUUUGUUUCAUUGAUAUUUCUAAUUGUCAAAUUUUAUAGUUUAUGUGAAGAACACAUUUUCAGAUAUAUUAAUUUAUGGACUGCUACCCUUCAUAUUAAAAGCAAAAUUGUGCUUUGAUGAUCCCUUCAUCAUCAAACCUUGAAAAUGCUUGAUGACUGAUUAUAAAACUAUAGUAUUUAAUUAUUGAUAAUGUUUUAUAAUAGUGUGUUGUUCGGUUUUGUUUUUGUUAUAUGAAUUCAAAGUUAAAUAAGUAAAUAAGGUCAAGAUCUAGUAAUUACUCAUUUUAAAUGUUGUAAAUUCUUUUCUCAAUGCCAUUUUAUUUUACUUUUUGUAAGAUUAGCGCUUUCAGCAAGGCUUCAGAAAAAUGUCAGCAAAUCUAUGCUUUAUACUGUCUGCACUCCGUAAUUGGUGUGAAAAUCCUGCAUAAAUUAAGAUUAAAUAUUUCUGGAGUGCCUAAAUAUUUUUAUUAGAAGAUGUGAUUAAUAUUGAUUGAAUUGAAAAAAAUUAAAUUCUAUGCGAUUCAGUUGAUACCUUAAAGAAUGAAAAAAGACAUCACAAAAAGCCUGCCUUUUAAAUAACCUUUUUAGUGACUUGUACUUGAUCCUGGUCCUAAUAGCACUAAGUUCACCAAAUUAUUAGGAAAUUUGGUUAGAAAAUUAUAAAAUAACUUUUAUUGUUCUUCAUCUUGUUAUUGAUUAUCAUGUACAAUGUGUGCUCAAAGAUAGCACCCCUUGCACAUCAGUCAUUAUUUUAUUACAAAAGCAAACUUCCUCCUUGUUAGCUGAUUUACUUAGAUUUUACUCUACCUAAAGUAGGAAAUGUAGAAGUUUCAUAUAGACAUUUUGAUAAAAGAAUAAAGAGAUAAAAUAAGGAAUUUAGUGGAAAUAAGGUAUGUUUCCUUUUCAAGAAAAUUGUAUCUGGUAGUAUAGGAUGUGUCUCAAUUGUGUCAAAUUUAUAAGUUAACAUUUCAUUAGGGUAUGAACUGCAAGUUGACAUCACACAUGGAACUCUAUUAGCAUCUAAAACUCAACUCAAGUUGUUUUUUUUGUGUUCAUAUGAAAGUGUUUCUGUCACAGGAAAUAAUUUUUAAAAUAGUUACUGUAGUGAAGAAUAAAUAGUUUACAAAGGUGGUCUUUUGUGGGUAUAAAAAAUUGUAUUGUAAUCAGAUUAUAUAGUAUGUAAUCCAUAUAUAUAUGUACACAAUUUUAAAACAUUUAUCAGUUUAUUAUAUUCCAGAUUAUAUCUGAUAAAGAGAAAUCCUCUCCCUCUUCCGUAGUGCAAUACAAUAUUUUAUAUACUUUUAAGAAAAAGUGCUUCAAUUUAGAGACCAAAACGAUGUUCUUUCACAUAUAGUGAUUAUUCCCUCAUAAAUACAGUGUAGUUUGGAUGUAGUUUGGAAAUUUUUAGUGUGAGAAGUAAAUUAAUAUUUGAAAUUUAUACUUCUAAAAAGAAGAACAAUACUUUUUCAAGGAUGAAAGAGAUAUAUAGAUAUCUCUAUGUGAGUGUGUGUGUUCUAUAGACAAAUCUGGGUGUCUCAAGUUUUAAGCAACGAGUUGUAGAAAUAGCACACAUCAUAGCUUUUAAUCAUUAUAAACGUAUACAGAGCGGGUGUUGAUUUUUCAAUGAAUCUUUUAGCGUCAGUUCUUGUUUAUUUGUUGUUUCUGAAAUGUUGACUGUGAUAACCAUUGUAUAUAUUAAAAGGGCCAUAUUGUUGGAAGUGCUUGUUGGAAUAUGUUGGUGAUUCUGUGUGGUUCAGUAUUUUUAAUAUUUAAGUCACAGGUGAUAAAUUAUGAGAUAUUAAGUCCAUAUCUAUUACUAGUAUUUAAGAAUACAUGAAUUGAUAAAAGCAAGUUGAAUUUAAUUAAGAUAUCCAUCAUGCCUGAUUGAACAGAGUAUGGAGCUCUUCAAUAGUUGGAAGGGAGAAAUAUAUACAAGUUAGAUAUUUGAAAUGGGUAUUUGAUUUCAUAAGAUGCAGUUCACAUUUAAACUGUCAUAUAAAGUUGUCAGGACACAUCAUGGACUACGGUAGUUAAUCUCUGAAAAGUUUGCAGAUUAGAAGGCAGUAUAUUUUCUCUUUCAAAAUUAUUUUAUAUACUUUCUAGUAUUUCACUCGAUGUGCUUUUGAUUUUUGCUUUAUUGACUUAAUGUCCAAAGUUAUUUUUCUAUCAGAAGUGAAGAGAUGUUGAUGGUUAAUGACUAGAUGGAGAUUUUGUAUCCAUUUAUAUGCGAAGACUUUCCCUACAACUCCCUACUCUGAAGUGGGUCAUUUCUCUAAUUGUAAUGAAUGGUCUUUCAGAUUUGUUAACAUUUAGUCACUUAUUCUUUUCAACAAAUUAAAAAAAAAAAGAAAUAUAUCAAUGUU